CCAACCUAGAGAAGAAUUAUCUCUUGGAAGGAAAAAAAGAUACUAAAAAAACCAUUAAUGAAUCCCUCCCAAUACCUGUUCCUAAUCCUCCUGGGAACGUUCUGCGUCUACGGAUUAUGGAAGACGAGCUCUCGUUCCUGGCAAACGCCGAGGGUGCACGCCAAAGCGUCGAUCCAGUUCGACCUGUCGAUCCCAGCCUCCUCUCCGUCCGUUCUCCACCGUUUCUCGAACCGAACGAGCAAAAGAGCCACCGAGAAAAGCCACAGAAGGUAUCGAGGAGUCGUGUCCAAGUACAUGCUUGAGCUGUACCAUCGCAGAUCGGACGUGGACAUAGUGAGGGCGUUGGAGCCGAUCCACGUGUCGGGCCCGAUCGACGACGGAGCGAAAAUCCUCGUGUUCUCGUUGCCACCGAUCGAUCCGGACGAAGUGUUGGAGGUGGCAGAGUUGCUCGGGGUCGCGGGAUCCAUCCUCAGGGUACGCCUGGACACGUUCGAGAGCUGCAGGUCGAGGAGGGACGACGGUUGGAGGGCGUUCAACGUGACCACCGCGGUCGCGAGGAGUGGCGGUGUUGUCAGGUUUCGCGUGUACGGCAGAGUUGGCUAUCAUCCUUGCGGCGACGGUCCAAUCUUGCUGCUCAGCUACGCCAAGGUGAGGAGGAGGAAGCGUCCGCGGAGAUCCGUCCAAGAGGAGGAGGCGGACGAGGCAGACGAAGGGCCUCCGCGAAGAAGGCGAAAGAACUCGUGCAGGAGGCGUUCCAUGUACGUGGACUUCGCGCUGAUCGCGUACGACGAUUGGGUCGUCGCACCCCCGGGUUACGAGGCGUACCAGUGCUCUGGAAAGUGUUUCUACCCGUUCGGCGACCACCUCAGCCCUACGAAACACGCGAUCGUGCAGACGUUGGUGCACGGGGCUCUGCAGGGACAGGUCGACCAGGGUGGAGGGAGGCCGGUCGGGAGGGCUUGCUGCGUCCCCACCAGAUUGGCGCCUACAAGUCUACUGUAUCUGGAUGCCAGUGGGACGUUGACUUAUCAGUAUGGGUACGAGGACAUGGUUGUCGCUGAAUGUGGCUGCCGUUGAAGUAGUUCGGGAUAGUGAGGGAGGGUGUGGAGAUUUAUUAUUGGGUUGGCAACUAAGUAAUUGCGGAUUUUUUCAGAGAAAAUCAAAGACAAUUUUUUCGUGGAACUAAAUAACUUUAUUCUGUAAUGUGUUGCCCAUUUUGAUCAAUGACCUUUCGCCAUCUUUCAGGCAGCAUCAUAAUCCCACGUUCAUAAAACUUCUGGUUUUUAUUAGCAAAAAAGUGAAUCAGGUAUAUCAGAUUUGAUAUUAUCAUCAUUAUUGAAAUUUUUACCAUUCAAGGAGUUUUGUAAAGAUCGAAACGAAAAGUAAUCGGAUGGUGCAAGGUCAGGACUAUAUGAUGGACGUGGCAAAA